AUGGAUGCGGAGAAGAAGCCGGAGAGCGAGGACGAUGAAAACAGGAGCCGAGGAGCGGACGCAGCAAGUUCCUCACCGCGCCCUGUAGACGGCGGGCCCGUGUGUGACGGGAUAGCACGUGCCUCAGAGCCUGCCACCAGCAAGAGAGGCUUCCCGCGCGUCCCCGUCCCCGCGGCGGUGGACGGAAACCAGCGCGCGUGCAAGCGGCUGCGGCUCUCCGCGGGCGCGGGGCCCCCUGAGCCGGUCGAGCCGCGCGCUCUGGGCGGAGACACUUCGGAGCGCUCCGCCCCGGAAGUGCCUGCCCCGCUAGGCGAGACCGCGAAGGAGGCGCUGCUCAGUGAGGGCCCGGCCGGCCGCCCUUGUCCUCCCAGGGCCUUCUCCGCUCCUUGCGGUUUUAGCCCUGGUGAUGCGGUGUCUCCGAAGACAGACCCUGAAGACGAGGCUGCUCAGGACGUGGUCUCCCUCGACGCGGAAAGAGGCUCUCCUGUCCCCCGGACAGAGACCAGUGUUGGUUGUGCCGCCGGACACGUCGAGCCGGUUCUCAAGUGCAGCGUUUGCGGUCAUCUGCUCUCUUCUUGCUCCGACGUGGAGCAGCGCGCCGAGGGCCCCACGCAGCAGGUGGCCGGCCCCGCGUGCUGCCGCUGCGGCCACAGGGCAGAGAGCGGUGCCGCGCUGCGCGUGCACGCGAGCCCGACGCCCGGGCCGCAGCCGGUCUUCUCCUGCGAGCUGUGCGGCUUCCAGUGCGCGCAAGAGAACCUGCUGAACGCGCACUACCUCGGCAAGACGCACCUCCGGCGUCAGAAUCUCGCUGCUCGCGGAGGAUUUGUGCAGAUCCUAACAAAACAGCCCUUUCCCAAGAAACCGUGUACCCUGGGAACAAAAAAUGUUCGCGUAAAACCCAGACCUGCUAAACCCACGGCAAGGACGAGUGAUCCCAGAGGCGCACGGAGUGCUGGAAGCAAAGUCCACGACUUCCGAGGAGGCGUGUCCAAGCAGAGUGGAGGCAGCGAGCUGCUCGUUGAAAUGAUGCCAUCCCGGAGCACUUCGUCCGAAAGAGUAGAGAUGGUUGAAGAAAACGUAACUUCCAUGGGUAUAGCUCGAAACCCUGAAAACCAGAGUAAAAGCAAAAAGAUAGGAGCGUUGGUAAGCUCAGAAGGUCUCUUUAACAAGUUGGAAUCUACCAGAAAUACCCUCCAGGCAGCGCACGGAGUCUGUGCCAGCCCGAGACCAAGACCCGAGCGCGGCGUCCUCCUGUUGGGCGGUGGCUUCCGACGACGAACUGGCACGUUUACCUUAAAAGGCCAGGCCAAGAAAAGGCUUAAUCUUUUAGGAAUGAGUAAAAGAGCAACUAAUGACCCCCAGAGGUUGUAUAUGAAACACUUUAGAAUGCAGGUGAAGGCAAGUGAGACAGAGUGUAUGGCCAAACACGGAGAAGCAGGUGGCGGUGUGCGUAGUCUGCGUGUGACUUCCUCGGAAACCCCGGGCCUGACGCGGGACAAAGGGAGCUCCCCUGUCGUGUGCUCCGGCGGCUUUGCGACGGGGAGGCCGGCUGCUGAUCACCAGAUAUGUGCUCGUACAGACUGUGGUCACGGAGCGCCAAAUAGGACAGGCGUGGGGAGCCACGGGGAGAGGGGCCCUGCGGGAGAGGCGAGGCUUUGCUGCCAGGCAUGCGGUUUUUCCAGCACAUCGAGGGGGGACCCUGAUAAGCAUUUGCACAAUCGCCAGCAUCAGCACACUGCCGUUGGCCUCAGGUGUCAGUGCUGUUCGUUUAUUUCUGAGAAUGAGCUAAAUCUUAGAGACCACAUGAAGGAAAAGCACAAUAUGGGUUGUUUUUGCACUCCUUGCAAUCUCUUCUUGUCUGAGAAAGACGUGGAAGAACACAAAAAAACCGAGAAGCAUAUUCGUUUGUUGGUUCAACCAAAGACUUCCCAGUCGUUUAACAGUGAUUUGGCUUUACAGACUUUAUCCUUAAGUACUUUAGAAUCAGAAGAUACAAAAGGUCCUAUGAAUGAGUCUGUAGCUCAGGAAGAACCUUCUAAGUCCAGGGCAAGCCAUGGGCACGAAGUGAGGCACUCCAGUAAGCCUCAGUUUCAGUGUAAGAAGUGUUUUUAUAAAACACGGUCUUCCACUGUUCUCACAAGACACAUCAAGCUCCGGCAUGGCCAGGACUAUCACUUUCUUUGUAAAGCGUGCAAUCUUUACUCGCUCAGCAAGGAGGGAAUGGAGAAGCACAUCAAGAGAAGUAAGCAUCUGGAAAACGCCAAGAAAAACAACAUUGGCUUAAGUUUUGAAGAAUGUAUUGAAAGGGUGUGUAUAGGUGCAAAUGACAAAAAAGAAGAGUUUCACGUUUCUGGAAAUGGAAGGAUUGAAGGCCAUGUAGAAGGUGUGCGGUUGCAGGAACAUUCCUAUCUGGAAAAGAGCCUAGUGACUACCAAGGAAGUGCCACAGUCUGGUGUAACGACCAAAGAGGGUGAGGUAGCUUUGACUGCUACUCCAAAGAGAGGGAGACCCAAAGGUAACAUCUCACGGACAUGCUCUCACUGUGGUCUCUUGGCCUCUAGUAUUACAAACCUGACCGUUCACAUUCGACGAAAACACAGUCAUCAGUAUAGUUAUUUAUGCAAAGUGUGUAAGUAUUAUACCGUAACUAAGGGAGAUAUGGAGCGCCAUUGUGCCACUAAGAAACAUAAAGGACGUGUAGAAAUAGAAGCAAAUGGCAAGCAGAAUUCAGAUAUCGUUGUUGGCCCCGAAGGGGGUAACCUUGAAGCCUGUAGAAAGAAUGCCAUUUUAGCAGGUUCAGAUGAACUUGCUCACAGGUCAGCUGAAUCAGAUACCUCCACUUCAGAAAAGCCAGUGCCAGAGCACGGAAAUCCAGCUGAAGUCGAAGGUGAAAAUGUAUUUCAUUCUGCAGAUGGGGAAGUCCACAGUCACCUUUCUGAUAAAAAGGAACAAAUGUCUCUAGAGCCAGAGGACCCUCUCCAGCAGGCGGAUGCGUGCUCCCAGAGAGAUGUGACGGGUACAAGUGAUAACAAGUGUGUACACUGUGAGUUUAAUGCUCACUCUUCUGCUUCUCUAGAACUCCAUGUAAAACGGAAGCAUACAAAAGAAUUUGCUUUUUAUUGCAUGGCCUGCGAUUACUACGCUGUGACUCGUCGAGAGAUGACUAGGCAUGCAGCCACAGAAAAACACAAGAUGAAAAGGCAGUCUUACCUGACCUCUUCUGACACAGAAGUGUCCAAAAACAUCAUUAUCCCCGAAGAGCAACAUCAACACAAUUCUGAAGAAUAUCAGAUAAUUUCAGACGAGCCAUCUGAAGAGGUUCUGAAAUCUAAAAGUACUGCUGAUUGUUGUGUUUUGGAUGAGGACACUAAUUUAGAUGUGUCUAAGGUCCUCCGUGCUCCCACCUCCGUGGAGAUUGAGACUGAAGAAGAAUCUAAUCUCAGUGAAGACCGUUCCUUUUGUGAAACUUUCCAACAGACUCUGGCCAAGGAUAAAGCUCUGAAACCUGAGGAGAUGGUGUCCCUUAAUAUUUCCUCUAAUUGUGGCUCCCCAAGCAGAUUUCAGAAUGAAAAUUCAGGAAGCCCAGCUUUGGAUUAUGAGGCAGUAGAGAGAGCCCACAGCACGUUGGAUGAGCCUGGCGAUGGGAGCACACGCAGUGAGAGCGAUGUCGGCCAGGCAGUGGAGAAUAUAGAUAAUGCCCCUAGCAAACGUGGAUGUCCUGGAGGUCUCGGGGGAGGGCAUCUGGCCGAAGGCACCAUCCCUUCUGUGAUGACAAGGACAAGGCAGGAGCUGAACCUGGAGAGCGGUGGUCAGAACGAAGUUGGGAGUGUGCAGAGUUCAGAGGAUUUGAAAGAUACUCGAGAAGACCCUGUUCUGGAGAACAAGGAAAUUCUGUUGAAUUCCCAACAGGAAACUAAAAUUAUUUUGGAAGAGGAUGGCCCAGCUUCUGAUAGCGCAGUUGAAAGUAAUGACAUUUAUGAGACUAUAAUCAGUAUUGAUGACAAAGGACAGGCCAUGUACAGUUUUGGCCGGUUUGAUUCUUCCAUAAUAAGGAUCAAGAACCCUGAAGAUGGAGAAUUGUUAGACCCGUCAGAAGAGGGUCUGGUCACAACAGGUGUGAGGAUUAGUGAGUUGCCCUUUAAAGACUGUGCUCAAGGCGUGAAAAAGAAGAAAUCUGAAGGCGUUUCCUUUGGUGAGUCCACACGAAUUCGUUGCGAUGAUUGUGGCUUCUUAGCCGAUGGUUUGAGUGGACUGAAUGUUCACAUCGCCAUGAAACACCCUACAAAAGAGAAACACUUCCAUUGUUUACUGUGUGGAAAGUCGUUCUACACCGAGAGUAACCUCCAUCAGCAUCUGGCCAGUGCAGGCCACAUGAGAAAUGAGCAGGCCAGUGUAGAGGAGCUUCCGGAGGGAGGGGCGACUUUUAAAUGUGUCAAGUGUACGGAGCCCUUUGAUUCAGAACAGAAUUUAUUUCUGCAUAUUAAAGGGCAGCAUGAAGAACUGCUCCGGGAGGUGAACAAGUACAUAGUGGAAGACACUGAGCAAAUCAACCGCGAGAGAGAAGAAAAUCAGGGAAAUGUUUGCAAGUACUGCGGGAAGUUGUGUCGGAGUAGCAACUCGAUGGCAUUCCUGGCACAUAUCCGCACCCACACAGGUAUGUACCCCUCCGUGGACCCGCGUGGGCCCGUCAGGCACAGACGAAGGGCAGCAUGGCUUGUUGUCCCGUCCAGAUAG